CAGACGUGAACAAGUUCAAAUUAAAAAAAUGAGACUAAAAAUCAAAAACAAAAAAAAGAAAAAAAAAACUAUUUAGGAAAAAAAUAAAAUAAAUUCGGUCACAUAUAAAAACCAUUAAAUGCAUGCAAACCGAAUUCGUACACAUGGAUACGGUCAUCACAUAUGUAAACUCGAAAACAAUUACUAGCGGUACAAAUGAAUAGAAAGUCUGGAUUCAUUGCGCCGAUUUUGUUACUGUAAUUGUUAGGCUCCAUUGUAUAUAAAUUCCCCACAUCUAUUUCUUUGUAGAGAGGUACCCACUUCGGCGAUUAUUAUCAUUUGUCCAAUUUUCUUCCAUAUUUUGUUUUUCUUUUUGUUGCCUUUCUGUAGUUUUGCAGAGUUUAAACCCAGAAAGAAUCACUGUACUGUUUACAUUCCAAGCAAAAGAAAAAAAAAAAUGAUGAAGAAGAAGCAAGAGCAGUUGAAGACGGGCUCAAAUCCAGAACCCAAAUACAGAGGAAUCAAGGCUAUGCCUUUUGUCAUAGGAAAUGAAACGUUUGAGAAGCUUGGAACAAUUGGAACUUCAUCCAAUCUGUUGAUUUAUUUAACCUCUGUUUUCCACAUGAAGACCAUAACCGCAACCAACAUCCUCAACGUCUUCAAUGGAACUUGUAACAUCGGAACUCUAGUCGGCGCUUUUCUCUGUGACACUUAUUUCGGCCGCUACAACACUCUCGGCUUCGCUUCCGUUUCUUCAUUUCUGGGGAUGCUAAUACUGACACUAACCGCGGCGGUUUCCGGUCUCCACCCGCCGCCGUGCGCCAACGACGCCACCCAUUGCGUCGGCGCGUCGGCGGGCCAAAUCGUGUUCCUGUUUUUCGCAUUUGCUCUGUUAGUAAUCGGGGCGAGCGGGAUCCGGCCGUGCAAUUUGGCAUUCGGGGCGGAUCAAUUCAACCCGAAAACCGAUUUCGGCAAGAGAGGGAUCAAGAGUUUCUUCAAUUGGUAUUACCUGACGUACACUUUCGCGAUGAUGAUCUCACUGACGGUCAUCGUGUACGUCCAAUCGAAUGCCAGCUGGUCCAUCGGUUUGGGGAUUCCCACGUUUCUGAUGUUCUUGUCCACUGCUCUGUUUUAUCUGGGUACGAGGCUUUAUGUGAUAGUCUUGCCGGAAGGAAGUCCGUUGAUUGUGGUGGCUCAGGUGGUGGUUUCCGCCGUGAGGAAGAGGAAGUUGAAGCUGCCGGAGGAUCCCAAGAUGUCUCUGUUUAAUCAGUUUUCUGCUGAUAGCACUAUCAAUGCAAAGCUUCCUUAUACGGAUCAAUUCAGGUUUCUGAACAAAGCUGCAAUCAUAACACCAGAAGACAAGAUAAAUGAAGAUGGAACAGCAGCAAGCAAAUGGAAACUCAGCACAAUCCAAAACAUUGAGGAAGUGAAAUGCUUGCUGAAAGUGAUGCCUGUCUGGAUUGCAGUCAUCAUUUACUUCAUCUCAGUAGUUCAACUCCAGAAUUACGUUGUUUUCCAAGCCCUCCAAUCCGACAGGCGUCUUGUCCGCUCCAGCAGUUUCAGGAUCCCCGCAGCUUCUUACAUCGUUUUCGCCAUGUUAACCCUUACAAUAUGGAUCCCGAUCUUUGACAGGGCGCUCGUCCCCUGGAUGACGAGAAAAACCGGGGUGGAAGGCGGGAUUACCGUAUUGCAAAGGAUGGGGAUUGGCGCGGCAAUGUCGGUCAUCACGAUGGUUAUUGCCGGGGUGGUGGAGACUAAUCGGAGACACAUUGCUCUCACGAAGCCGGCACUCGGGUUUGAGCCUAGAAAAGGCGCGAUUUCAUCAAUGUCGGGUUUGUGGUUAGUCCCGCAGCUGGUCUUAUCAGGACUUUCUGAGGCUUUUACCAUCAUUGGUAUGAAUGAGUUCUUCUACCAGCAAUGUCCCGAAAACAUGAGGAGUAUCGCGAUGGCGUUCGUGUUUGUUGGCCUCGCGGGUUCGAGUUACUUGAGCAGCUUCUUGUCGUCAAUUGUGCAGAGUAUAACGAGCAAAAGCAAUGGAGAAAGCUGGUUGGCUGAGGAUCUCAAUAAAGGAAGAUUGGAUAACUUUUAUUACUUGCUUGCAGCUUUGGAAUUGGCUAAUUUCAUCUACUUCUUGGUGUCUGCAAAGUGGUACAAGUACAAAAAAACAGAGGAUUCUGCCUCUUCCCCUGAAUUGGCCAUGGAGAAGAUUCAUCAAGAAGAAAAAAGCAUUGUCUGAUUAGAAAUGUAUAAAUUCUUCAGUAGUAAUUACAUAUUAGUUUUUUUCUGGAUUGUCCACAUCUCUUUGUAUCUAGUUAUAUAAAACUAGCUAGAAGAAGGCCAUCUAAAGAAUUUUUUUUUUGUGUAGUAUUCGUUCUGCAAAACUAAACUUCAUGCAGAAACUUCGAUCAUCCUUUUUGACCUACUUCCAUUUGACUAGCAAACUUUACUAGGGGCAUUGUAUCUCAUUGUGAAUUUCAUGUGGCCAAAAGCGGAGGAGGGGUUGGAAAUGGUGGAAACAUGGUAAAAGAUUUUGGCCGGGAAAGAACAUAAUAAUGAUAAGAUAGGGGUGAGUAAAAAUUGUUGGAAGAGAGUUAUCAUUUAUCUUUACUCAACUUUGAAAGUCGUCAAGACAAUGAUUUGAGGAUGUGUUUAACUAAAUCUCACCUUAUACGUGUGCGUUUUUUACUAAUGUUUGAC